AUGCCGCCUACCUUCAAAGUUGUUUCCUGGACGCCACAAGGAAGAGAUUUAGGUGUGGAUUUGGCGUAUCAUGGAGUGGUUGCUGGACAGUUGUACCUUCCUGUGCAGGCCAAUUGUGAGAUUACGGUCAAUGUUUGGCAAAAGGCUCGAAGACUGUGGAGCACAGAUACACAAGAUAUGCAACAAUGCCAGGCAGAGAAUCCAAUCGGUGGUAUAUCGGGAAGUACUCCGGACGAGGGUUAA